GGCUAGAAGCCCCAAUCCCACUGCUUUCACUAGACUGACCCAGCAGGCUACUGCUCAGCCUCAGAUGGAAAUACUAUAGGAUUUAACUCUAGCCACAUGUUUUAUUUUAUUUUUAUUUUUAUUUUUAAAUGGGCGUCGCACUUGGCCUUGCACCUUCCCUCUCCUUAUUUUGUGAUUUUAUAAUUUAUUGUUAUGCAAGGAUUUAACAUACCAAAAAGAUGAUCGGAGGCUACGUUUAUGGCUGGAGAAGCCUGCGAUCGACUAAAUGCAAUACAUAGAUCUACAGGAAAGGAUUAUUAUAUGGGUUGCAUUUGAUUUUCCUGGCCUGCACUUUCCGGAUUUCGGAUUACUCCGCAUUCUUCGGGAUGGAAGGACGGGAUUUCGCUGCUCCGGCGCACCUCCUCUCGGAGCGGGGCGCCUUGGUGCACCGAGCCGCCUCUCGGAUCGCUCCGUCAGGCCACAGCUCUGUACAGCAUGCCGGUCACUUCCCGCCGGGGAAAUAUUACCCCUCGCACAUACCAAUGGCUCCCCAUUCAGGCAGUGGAUUGAUGGGCAACUCCUCCGCCUCCUUCAUGGGAACCUUCCUGGCCAGUAGUCUGGGCUCCCCCCCUUCCCACCCGUCUCACCCCUCCCGGCCUCCCUCCUCGCCUUCCUCACCCUCCUUCCGCGGCGGACCCCACUCCAGCGCCUCGCAGAUCUGGUUCCCCCACUCACAUGAAGCAGCUCCAGGGUAUCCUCGCUUCUCAGGGAGUCUGGCCCACACCUUCCUUCCCAUGAGCCACUUGGAUCACCAUGCCAACAGCGGAGUUCUCUACGGGCAGCACCGUUUCUAUGACACCCAAAAAGAGAACUUCUACCUUCGAAGCCUCCCGUCCCAGCCUCCUCUCAUCUCAGCCAAUCACAGUUUGCCACCGAUGUCCAGGGCAGGUCCAGGACACACUCAGGGGUCCUGCAGCAGAGACAGAGACCUGGGGGGAGGGUCAGGUCUACAUAAGGGUCUGAAGGACAGUUCUGUGGAGAGAGGAGUGGUACCCACCAAGGACAAGGAGAGGUCCAGCAGCAAACAGGAGGCCAAGGAAAGGCAGCAGCAGCAGCAGCAGCAGCAACAGCAGCAGCAGCAGCACCAUAGCCAUCAGCCAUCCCAACCCACACACCACCACCAUUCCCACCCUCAUCAGCAGCACCCCCACUACUCACAACACUCAUUGCCUCUUGAGGAGGUCAACAGUAGGGCCCUGGAGAGGCACAAGACAUCCCUCAACAUGGAGUACAACAAGGAGCACCCCCAAACAAUGGGCAAGCCCCUCAGUGCCUGCCUGCACAAUGGAAAGAUGCAAAACGGAGACGCAGGAACUGGAACAGGGGCAAAGGCCUCUAUGUCCAGCUGUGGAGGCGAGGGCACAGCCCGUGGGUCUAUGGGGGGUGGGGGGAGCAGCCAGGCCCGACAUAUGGGGUCCAGCGGCAGUAGUCGCUGCACCAAAGAAGGGGUGAGUGGGGAAAUGAGGAUCAGUGAACAGCCUUCAGACUGUCUGGAAAGGGGUCAGGCGCCACUCCACCACUCCCUGUCCUACUCUGUACCCCCACCCUUACACAUGGGCUCUGCUGCUGGAGGAACCCACCCCCAUCCUCACCCUCAUGCCCACCCCCACACCCACCCUCAUCCGGGGGGCUUCCAUUGCCUCCAGCUCCACCCCAGCCAUCCACAUCAUCCACAUCAUUCUCAUCAUGCACAUCACCACCCUGACUUCUUCUGUCCACCACCUCCUGCCUCUUUAGCCAACCCUUCCUCACAUGAGAGGGGGCCAGCCAAUGGGGGACGGGAACCUAAAGUCACAGGGCCCACGUUUGUGCCAUCUGUGGGACACCUUGGGGACAAAUCAAGUGGGCCCUUUCAGCUUGGCAACCCUGAGUUUCAAGGAGUGGGUGGUGGAGGAGGAGGGGGCAGUGCCAAGGACAAGGUCAUGGAUAAGAAUGGAGGUGGUGGGCACCAUAGCAACUGGCACAGAAAACAACAGCAACAACAGCAGCAACAACAACAACAGCAGCAACAACAACAACAACCCCAGCAACAGCAGCACCCAUACAGAAAGGCAGAGAAGGCACCAGACUGGAUGCAGUCGCAUCACCACCACCUCCAACCCUCACAGCUUCCCCCACCUCCCCAACAACAACAGCAGCCUCCACAUCCUCAACAGCAGCACCAGGUUGUGCGAUCCCGCAGUGCAGAGUGCAUCAACAGUGGUGUGGAAACAGAUGUGUUCAGGGCCUCCCUGCCCCAAGGGCCUAAAGCUGGACACUCUGUCCCCCACUCUGUCAACACUUCUCCCUAUAGAGACUGUUCCCAUCCAGGGCCCCCACCUAACUCUUCUCCCUUAGGGGGUAAAGGCAUGGCUCAACAUGGUGGUGCUGCAGCCCCUGCUGCUGGGGGUAGCUGCUCCUUACAGAGAGAUGGCCAAAAGGUAGCCAGGAUCCGCCAUCAGCAACAUGGUCGACCUGGCCCAGAUGCCUCUUCUCCAGCUGAGCUGAACCAGGGGACCAGUCAGGAGUUGAAAAGGAAGAUGGACAUGUCUCCUUAUGGCUACAACAGCAACAAUGGGCAGCAGCACCACCACCAGCAGACCCCUGUGCCACCCUGGGCCAUGAGACCUCCCCACCACAUGCCACAAUCUGAGGAGGAGCAGAGGAAGUCCUACAUGGAGCUAGGGAGCGCUAGCCGGCAGCACCCCCAGCAGCAGCAACAGCAGCCAGCCAUGGGCCUGCCUCCUCCUCAGCCUCCCCCUGCACCUCCUCUCAGCCAACAGCCGCAGCAGCAGCAGCAACCUGAGCCUCAGGGUGCAACGCAGGGGGAGAGCAGUGCCAUGAAAAGCCUGCUGAAGUACAGCAACCAACAGCAGCCCCUGCUUCUCUCCCAGAAGAGCCCCUUUGGGGGGCUGGGCAGCCUCAAAUCAGGUCCUGCUGGGGGAAGCUGUGCUCUGCAAGGCAGCAAGCAGACUCUACCUACCAGGAAGGGCCCAACCAAUGACAGCGAGCGCCCUGAUUGCAGUGGGCGGACCCGAGAUAUGGGGGAGGCAGGUCAUGGGGAAAGCGAGGUGCGACAGCCGCCAGUGGGAAUUGCAGUGGCUGUUGCCAGACAACGGGAGCCUCCUUGUCGUUCAGCAGACAGUCACCCCAGCAGCCGGCAGGGCAGGGUGCACCCCUCUGUGAAAGGACCACCACGCUCCAUGUAUCCCUCAGAUCCUACCACUGAGGAGGAGAGGAAGCGACUGAGUGGAGAACAGAUUGGUCUGACUUGCUUGGACAGAGACAGAGAGGCUUACAUCAGGGAUAAUAAAGAAAGAGUGGAGUUUGCAAGGAUCCACCCCUCCAACAGUUGUCAUGGUGACCUCACCUCUCACCUCAUGGUCCCAGGCGGGACUUCGCUUCAAUCUGGCCAAUUGGGAGAUCCCACUGCACAUACUGCUCACCACCAUUGGAUGCCAAGAACUGGAAGCCCCUCCCUCUGGAUGACAGGACACUCCUAUGGGAUUGGUCACACAGCCCUGCACCAGAAUCUUCCCCCUGGUUUCUCAGCAGCCAUGCCAGGCCCACUGCAGCCAGUCCUGCCCCUGCCCCAGGACCCCUCUGCACAGCUGGUGGUCCUGCCAACAGAACCUCCAGCCCAUCCUGCCACCCAUCACCUUGAUGUGAUGGAGCAGCCUGGGCUAUGGCCCCCUGUGUAUGGCGCCCGGGGCCCACCCUCCCACAUGCAGCAUCCUGCUGUGUACUCCCGCUCCCAGUUUCUACGGCAACAGGAGCUGUACGCUCUCCAGCAACAUCAGCAGCUCCAGCAUCAGCAUCAACACCAGAGCCACCAGUCGCAGCAGCCACAGCCACAGUCACAGCCACAGCAGCAGCACAGAGCCACUCAUGGCAUGGACAUGCAACAUCGCACUGCUCACAACACACAGAUGCAGAAGAGGCCAGAUGAGCCUUCAGUUGAACUGGAAGAACUUAUAUCUGAGCCCAGGACAUCCAAGCCUUCCAAGCCCUAUUCGUACAACCCCCAGCCCAGGAAUGCCUCUCCCCCUGGGGCCUGUGCUGCGCACCUCUCCCCCUGCUGCCAGUCGCCUUCACUACGACCUCACCCCAAAAGCACACCCUCUACCCCCUGCCCUGCUCCGAGCCCGGCAGCUGCAGCCCCUCACUCUCCUGCCAUCAGCCCAGCUCCACCUCAGAUACCCAAGGGGGCUGAGCCCCAGGACAAGAGAGGAGAGGGACAACCCCCACAGGAUUAUCCAGAAUCUCUGGAGCCAGAUUUGCCUCCUGGAUAUACCUACCCUGCCAUUGCCAUUGGUUACAGGAGCGGGCCUUCCCCGCAGGAUGUCCGACUGGCUGAGCCAGCCGACUUGGAAGCAGUCCAGGUGGAGCCUGCUGAGCAUGCUCCCCAGUCUCUCUCCAGCCUUGGGGAGGAGCUCGACUGCCAAGCUGUGGUUAGGCCCCUCCCCGAGCCCCUCCCACAAGAGGAAGUAGAGCAGGAAGAGGAGGAAAGGGUGGUGGAGAGAGUUCUGGAGCAGAGGGAGGAGGUUGAGGUAGCCACGGUAACAGCAGCAAGCUAUGUGCCUGUAGAGAAGGAGGUGGAGGUUCAGGGGCCUGGCGAGGAGGAGGUGCUGGUUUGCCCCCCUGCUGAGAGCCCGGUGUGUGAGGCUGCUUCCUGUCCAGUUCCCCUUUCCACAGAGGAGUGUGAAAGGCCAGAAGCUGUCAUCACCUUGGAAGAGGAAGAGGAGGAGGAGGCGGCUGAGGAGAGCCAGGUGGAGCAUGUUCAGGAGGUUAAGGCGAUAGGGGAACAGGAGCCAGAGCUGGCCACCAUCAUCGAGCUUGACCCUGCUUCCCCUGCAGUCCCUGAGCCUGAGCCCAGAGCCCUGGAGGAAGUAAAGGAUGGGGAGCAGCAUGAGAAGCAGAUGACCCCUGAUAAUGCUUCAGUGGAUUUGGUGUGCCUCUCCCCCUCAGCUUCCACUCCCAGCUCGAGCCAGGCAACUAUCACCGUUCCCCACAAACCUCCUGUGCCCUGCUACUGGAGCCUGGAGCUGCUGAUUGCCGCUGCCUUCUGCACAGAUGUACCUCCGUUCCCCUUGUUUCCUUUCAGCGCCCCAUCAGUUGCCCAGUCACAGCCUAGCCCCCACCAUGGCAUGGAGCUGCUGAGCGAGCUGGCAGAUCUUGAGCUGCAGCAGCAAAGACGCACCUGUGGGAAAAGCCAGGGAGAGGAGUUGCUGAUAUUUGACCUCCAGAGCCUUGCUACCCUGGCUACAGCCCGUGCCUUGGAGAUGGGCUCCCAGGAAGGCAGCAGUGCGGGUGCAGGGCGUCACUGUCCAGCCCGCAGGAUCCUAAAUCUACGCAGGAAAUGCAGUUGGACACCACGCAAUGAACCAGUGUGCCCGGCCAAAGGUGGCAUAGAAACAAUGGACGGUCCCGAGCUUGCAAUGCGUGUGAAAUUGGCUGAGCUCCAGCGACGCUACAAAGAGAAGCAGAGGGAGCUAGCCAAGCUUCAGAGGAAGCAUGAUCAUCAGAAGGAGGAAACACCCCGCAGCCCUGCACGUCGAGGACCGGGGCGGCCCAGGAAGCGGAAACCCACCCUCACCACAGGCCCAGUGUCGUCAUCUGAGGGCCAGAGGAAAGUCAAGUCUAUGGGGGCGGGGCUUGCCCUGUCGCCUGAGGACCUAGGAGGAGGCGGGGAAAGCCAGAGAAGGAAGAAGAGGCUGUCCAAUCGGGGCUUUGAGCGACUCAGCGGCACACAGAUAAAAGCGCAGGGCUGCAGAAAGAGCGGUCUUCACGGCGUGCUAAGCUCCAAGCUGGCUGGUGAUGUAGCUCGGCUCAAACAGAAGACCCCGGGUAAGAAGACUCUCUCAGGGACGGGCUCCAGGGACAAAGAGGUUUCACCCUCCAGCUCCAUCCCAAAGCAUGGACACAGAACCCAGGGUAGCAGUAAAGCUGACUGUAGGCGAGAGUCUGGGGGACAAAGUGACACAGCAGCUAGCGUGGACAGUGGCCCCCAGGAGAGCUGGACUGGAAUGGUGUGUCGAGGGAGAAAGAGAGGAUCCACCACCCUGACCCAGGGCUCGUCCAGUCUGAGCCAACCCAGAACCAGGGUCCUCCGUGGCCAGAGACAGGAGGCAAUGGACGAGGGAGAGAGCACCCCUGCCGAUAGUGACACCUCUGAUCAAGAAGAAGAGGAAGAGGAAGGCAGUUAUGACAGUGAUGAAGGACAAGACAUCAAAGCCCAUCUUUCAAGAGACAUCACCUCAAGCUCCUCUGUGACAAGUCCGACUCCCUCAUCAGUCGUAAAGCUGGAAGCCAAUCAGAAAGCUAGAAACAAGAAAAAGAGACAGGAGCUUUACGGCUCCCGGAGUCUGUCUGGGACAGAGGGAGAGGUGAAAGUGAAGAAGAAGGCCCCCUGUAGGCUAGGACUGGCCACUGCAGUCAAGAAGCACCAUGAAGAUAUCGGGUCUGAGGGAGUCAGGAGGCCACGCGGGCCCCGGCCCCAGGAGCAUCGGUGGGGCAGUCUGGGGACCAGAGGCAACCUCUACAGGAGGAGCAUGGGCCUGGCCACAUUCCCUACCACCAGUGAGAGGCUGAAGAGGGCCACGCGCAAGAGCACCAUGUUGAGAGGCACAAUCAAUAAGAGGAGAAGCUGCUGGUCAGGUGGGGCUCCAUCUCCACAAAGCGAGGAGAGCAGCAGAGGCAGAAGAAACAGGGACAAACAGCCAAAGGGACGAGCAGUGAGUCGCCUGCUUGAGAGCUUUGUGGCCGAUGAGGGCUUUCAGCUGAACGACAGCAGCUUCUCCGAAGGGGAGGGGGAUAACAGCCGUUCAUACAACCACAAGAGCACUAUAGUUCCCAAUUGCAUCCUUACCAAAGAACUCUUAACCGAUGGUCUGAAGGUGUUGAUCUCCAAGGAGGAUGAGCUUUUGUAUGCUGCCAGGGUCCACACUCUUGAACUGCCUGACAUCUUCAGCAUUGUUAUCGAUGGUGAAAGAGGAAACCGCCCUAGAAUCUACUCAUUGGAACAACUGCUACAGGAAGCCGUCCUGGAUGUGCGUCCAGAGACAGAGGCUAUGCUCAGUGAAGGGACGAGGGUGUGCGCUUAUUGGAGUGAACGCUCACGCUGCUUAUACCCAGGUUAUGUUCGCCGAGGUGGCUCAUCUGAUGAGGGGAAGCAAGGAGGAGUGAUGGUGGAGUUUGAUGAUGGAGACAGAGGGAGGAUCUCCCUCCCCAACAUCCGCCUGCUGCCCCCAGGAUACCAGAUCCACUGUGGGGAGUCAUCUCCUUCCCUGCUGGUACCCAGCGGGAUAACAGCCAGGAGGAGCUCCAGUCUGGAGCAGGCACCCCUCAGUAACAGACCAUCUGACAGACCCACCAGUACCAACACUGACAUCAGCAACCAAACUCCACCUGUCCACAAAAGGAGGCCAGGGAGACCUAAAGGUUCUGGGAAAAAGCAGAAGCAACAGCAGCAGCAGCAGGCUGAAAAUGCCAAUAAGAGUCCCUUACCCUUUCUGGGUUGGCCUUCUAUGGCUGUCCCCAGGAAGAGGACCUCUGACAAUCUGUUUCAGCUCAAUGGGGCCCCCAGAAAGACCCUGAGAGGGAAGGAGGAUGACCUGUUUCUUUUGCCUCAAACCCAGCCCCUAGCCUCCACCCCAGCUAAAGGCCUAUUCAGCAGCAGCUCCUUUGAGGUGGACUCAUUCAGCAGCAUUGCUAACGGCUACUCCUCCUUCUGCACUCAGUCCGCAGGGCCAGGGCCAGGGAUGUCUCUGGGCUCCAAGAGUGGACCUUAUGGUCAGAGACGCAGGCAAGAUGAGCUGGGCAUGCCAAGGAGCAAGAAAUCUGGACAAGAGUUUCUGGUCAAGCUAGAUCAUGAAGGAGUGACCUCUCCAAAGACCAAGAACAGUAAGGCUCUGCUGCUGCUUGGUGGAUCAGGGUUUGGAUCUAAGGGUGUGAGUGGUCUGCCCAGGCCAGAGGCUUACUCUCACCCUAUCCUCUUAGUUAAAGACAACAAGAAAGGCGGUGCCUCCCGGGCAGAACUCCUCCUCAAAGGAGCCCCACCUCAAAGAAAGCCCUCUCCAUCCAUGGGGCUGGGGGAAUAUGGUGACUUGGGUUUCAGCUCCCACCGCGACUGCCACAGCUCUUAUUCUGAUCUAGAUGAUGAAGAAGAGGAAGAAGAGGAAGCAAGGAGGAGGGCUGCACUGGCUGCAGCCUCAGGAGGGUUAAGGACGGCUGGCCGCUUUCUUUCCCGUCUCUCUGUCUCCUCUUCCUCUUCUGGUUCUUCCAGCUCCUCCUCUUCUGGGUCUCUCUCCAGUUCUAGCCUCUGCUCCUCUGAUAACGACUCCUCCUACAGCUCAGAGGAUGAAGAUGGUUCCACCUUGAUGCUGCAGAGCUGCCUGUCCUCCCACCGGGGGUUGCUACAACCCCCUGAACCCCCCACCUCUUCAGGGCCACACCAACACUCCUUUGUGGCUAAAGCUGUGGCUGUGUCUAAUGCCAAAGGAGGUCCCCCUGAUCAGGUCUCCAACAGCAAGUCCCUGAAGCGGAAAGAGUGCAGCAGCUCCACCUCUAAACCGUCCAAGGACUUUGUGAAGAAGCCUAGGAUGCUGUCAGAUGACUGCUCUAUUAUUCCGAGGCCCAAGAUGUCUGCCUUCCUUGCAGGACGACAAAUGUGGAGGUGGUCUGGAAACCCCACACAGAGGCGUGGUCUAAAGGGCAAGGCAAGGAAGCUUUUCUACAAGGCCAUUGUGCGAGGCAGAGACACAGUGAGGGUGGGAGACUGUGCUGUCUUUCUUUCUGCUGGACGCCCCCACCUCCCAUACGUGGGUCGCAUUGAGAACUUUUGGGAGUCCUGGACCUCCAACAUGGUGGUCAAGGUCAAGUGGUUCUACCACCCUGAGGAGACCAAGCUGGGCAAGAGACAUCGAGAUGGCAAGCAUGCACUAUACCAAUCAUGCCAUGAGGAUGAGAAUGACGUCCAGACAAUCUCUCAUAAGUGCCAGGUGGUGAGCAGGGAGGAGUAUGAGCGUCUGACCCGCAACCAGAAACCCAACAGCACCCCCCCAGACCUCUACUACCUGGCCGGGACAUAUGACCCCACCACUGGUCAGCUGGUCACUGCUGAAGGGGUGUCCAUCCUCUGCUGAGGCCACUCCCUUGAGGUUACUACUGAUGGACCCCUCUGUUGGAGGAAGGCUCAGAGUCCGCAGCUUUACCUAAAAGACCUUCCAGCCUUGGAGGGAAGAAUGGUGUUCCAAGGUGUCCAUGGCUUUGCCUUAAGGACCCCUGGACUUGACGUCAGCACCAAAGCGGGGCUGUCUGAGGCUACACACUGGAGUGCAAGGCUUCUUAACCUUUGCGGAAGGGGAGGGGAUCACCAGUCCUGAUAUGCACCCUUUCUAGGAGAACUAUAGAUGAAAGUCUGGGUCUUCCUGGGCAUCACAGAAUUCACUGACUGACCUUCACUGGUCUAGCUCAUCUAUUUUUAAUAGAUGACAUGUGAUUGACAGCUUCAUGUCUGAGUUUUGGGACCAUGUUCCCAACUCCUGUUAGGUCACCAAAGGAGAGCUGACAGUGCACUGGACUGUGCAAAGUACCAUGAGGCUGACUGGUCUCUGAGGACCAAUCCUUUAAGGUAGCCUUACCUGAGGGAAUGAGAACGAAAGUGAGGCAGGGGGCUCUCCCUGGACCUCAUCAUUCCAGGGAUGUUGAAAAAAUGUAAAAGAUGUAGAUAAAGUUGAUGUCUGUAAAUAGUUUGAAUUCUUUCCAAUUAAGCCAUACACUUCAGUACCUCUCGCCUGUCUUAACUGUUCAGGUGUACAUUGUACAGUUCAAUUAUUAGUUGUAUUGUUGUCUGUUGUCUAUAUGUACAUAAAAGCUAUUUUAUAUAGGAGUUUAUUGUAUAUAUGAGAUGUAUCUUUCCAUGUUUGCGAUUGAUUUAUUUUUCUAUGGGUGUAGGAUAUGUUGUUUUUUUGUUGUUGUUGUUGUUUUCUUUGCUUUAGGAAGUCAAGAUUGAAGAUGUUAGUGUUGCACUGCACAUGCCCUGCUGAGACAGACAGACAGAGCACAGACAAAGAGAGAAGGAUUUAGUCUAUUACAGGACAAGACUCACUUUCUGAGAGAGGGGGGUCAUCCUGUUUAAAAAAUAGGUCAAGUGGCUUUUUGUAAAAGUGUCCUGUUACUUCACAUUUUUGUUGUCCUAUUUUAUAAACACCUUUUAUUUAUGUACCUUUCAGUUUGUCAUCAACACAAGGCAGAUCCCACUGGACUGCAAUCACGGGUCACAAAAGAAUUAAGACUAAUGAGAUAAAUAUACUUUUUUGACACAAUGUUUGUGUGUGAUGAGUGUCAUGGCAUCACUAUAAUCAUGCCCACACAAAUCAAUUUAGAACAAGACUGGGUCAGUUAAGGAAAAUGUGUUGCAUGUGCAUUGCACUCUUGAGUGCAUAGUUCAGCACAUUACGACCUGUAAAAUACCAAAGUGUCUAUAAGAUCUUUAUUUCCUUUAUUUAAAUUUAACAUAUGUCAAGCACCUGUACUGAAAUCAAAUCAGAAAUCACUGGUAACUUCUUAUAGAAUACUUGUCCUUCACUAUUUGCAUAUAUAUUGGCUUUGCAUCGUGACAAUGAUUUCUUGCACAUGUAACUGCAGUUUUGUUUAGUGCAAAAAUAUGUGGCAAAAGGCCACCUGGAAAAGUGGCUAAGAAGGUCAAGGUACUGACAAAGUAAGAGGUUGAAUAUUGACAAUUUCUUGGAAUUAGUCCAUUUUAGUUUCAUCAGCCAUCUGUGUCUAUUUUGUACAGUACAUGCACGUACUCAAUGCUAACUGUGAAGGACAAUCAGAUUCACAAAGCAAUGGACAUAGAAUAGGUUCACUCAAUCUGAUAAUUACUUAAGUUUAUUUUAUUUGUGCCAAGUACAUUUUUGUCAGUUUUUUUUCUUUAUUGUUUGAUAUGCAAUCCUGAGUAUUCUUUGUUCACAAAGUUUUUAUUUUGUUCGUCAACAUUUUAUUUAUUGUCAAUGUUGCUGUUUGUUCACCAUGCCAAGAGCGCUUUAUGAGAAUGUGACAUUGUUUUUCUUGGUGUGAUGUCGCAUUUGCAUUUCUUAAUAAAACUCUGGUCUUGUAGAGGCCACCUAGUGAAAAGAAAUAAAGCAACACUGGAUUCUUCUCAUCCACAAAACCUCUGUGAAUGAAUUUCAUUAUUUUUCUGUGUCCCCUUUCAUCUUACUGCACCUGCCAUUUCCCAUCAAGACACCUAAGCUAAACCCAGCAUUUUUUUGCACCUAUUUUACUAUUUUCAGAAUUUUUGUAGUUGAAUCCAAAUGUAAAACAAUGCUUUGCUCUGCAUCAUACUGAAUAAUAACAAAAUCUUCAGAUGUCUAAAGAUAUUAACAUCAAGCAUAGCGUGUGUGUGUGUUUGUAUGUGUGUGUGUGUGUAUGUGUGUGUGUGUUUCAGACAAAGGGAAUAGGGUGCGAUAUGAAUGUGCUGGAUAUUUGAGACCUAUCUCUGAAAACCUCUGUUUUAGUGACAGAGACAAAUGAGCCUUAUUACAAGUUUUGGAGUGUUUUCUUCGGUGCUGUAAUUGAUGGAUAGAUUAAAGUUUAGCUAAUUUGCUAAGCUAUUGCCUUUAAAAGACAGACGAGACAACAUGUUGUUGUCCAAAGGGUCCAUCAAGCCAAAGAGAGAAUACUGACUUUAGAGAGGUAGACUACUGUAAGUCAGUACAGGUGCAAAUGCUACUUUUGUCCACAAAUGUUUGAUGAAAUUACUGGAUUUGUUAAUGUAUUAAAAGGGAGGUAAACUGAUUU